AAGAGACAGGGCGUGUUUAUAGUGCUGACAUUUGACGGUCUAGCAAGCAACAUUAAGCUCACUCUUACAAGUGUAAUCAUUGAUUUUCUUUCUCAGUAUGUCUCGAGUGCUGAUAGUCGGAGCUGGACUGACAGGCAGUGUGUGUGCGUGUCUGCUGCACCGGGGAUUGGCAAACCGAGCUCAGAUAACUGUGUGGGACAAGGCGAGGGGAGCAGGGGGGAGAAUGUCUACAAGCAGAAGUCCACACAAUUUGUUUUGCACAGUGGAUCUCGGUGCUCAGUACAUCACUGCCACACCAUAUUAUUCCAAAAUUCACAAAAGUUUUUAUCAAGAACUCCUAAAGCAUGGAAUUUUCAAACCACUUGAGGCCAGAGUGGAGGGCAUGAUGGCAAUGGAGGAAGGCACUAUAAACUAUAUAACUCCAUCUGGGAUGUCAUCCGUUGUUAAGCACUAUCUCAAAGAGUCAGCAGGAGCAGAGGUGCUCUUCGGUCAUCAAAUCACCCACAUUUACCGCAGAGGGCCAUGCUGGGAGGUGCACCAGAAAGAGGGCUCACCAGAGCAGUUUGAUGUGGUGGUUUUAACUAUGCCCAUCCCACAGAUACUACAAUUGCAAGGAGACAUUGGCUCCUUGCUGAGUGAGAGCGAGAGGCAGAAACUAGAGGAUGUCAGCUAUUCCUCUCGCUACGCCUUGGGGCUUUUCUACAAAGCCGGCGUGCAGAUCAACGUCCCCUGGGUGGCCAAGUAUGUCUCCAAUAAUCCCUGCAUUCGCUACAUCGCUACAGAUGAUAAAAAGCGCAAUUUAGUUUCAGAAAAGUUUGGCCCCUCUGUAGUGGUGCACACCAGCGUACCCUUUGGCAUGGAUCACUUGGAGGACGCAACAGAGGAGGUUCAGGCCAUAAUUCUGGAAGAGCUACAGAAGCUGAUGCCAGGCCUCCCCGAACCCGAGUCCAUCAAGUGCCAGAAAUGGAGAUACUCUCAGGUUAAAGUUCCCAGGACGAGGCUUCAGCCGUUUGACCACACUUAACAUUACUGAGCGCACACACAGAGCUCCUCCAUGCUGGGACAGAGGGCCCAAUCUGUUCCAAAGUUCAUCCCAGACUCUACGCAGGACCCGGUGCAACAUGAGAACAGCUUUGGCUUUUUUCUUCUUUUUUUUUUCCUCAGUAUGAAAAUGUUUGUGCAAUCAGCAUGACUGGGGUUAUUUAAAGAUUCAAUAAAAAGUCAGUGUACAUUGUUUACAGUAAACGUCCUCCCAAAGAGCAACGAAAUGAUUGACCCAUGCAUGUCAUAACAACGCAUACCUCGGCAACAUGAUUAACAUGAACGUGCUACAUUGUAAUAUGCGAAAUCACUUUACAUACAAUUCUUGGACAUUUUUCCACAAGCUAUGAAAGAAAGACUGCAAGCACCUCCUCAGGAUAACCGGCACAGAUGCAUAAUUAAAGAGAAGACAACAGGAAGAGACAAGCUUGUAUAAAGGCAGAGAAAAUAAGUGAGUCACUGAAAGGUACAUUUCUGCCCUAUCCACCCUAAACCUUUGAUUUAAAAUUCUGCCAAGGUCACGAUUUGAUUUACAGAGGAAGACAAAGAAAGGCUGGUGGGAACAUUGUUUUAUAACCUUAUUCUUUAUUCUUUGUGUUGUCUGCUCCUGGCAAGGAAGAGGGCAAAAUGCUUUUUUGUAGAGAGGUUAAAAGGUUGUGGACUCCCCAGGGGGAGACUUUUUUGCUCCGUUUGUGUUCCUCUGGUCCCAGUACUUCCUUUAGAUGAGAGUGGAGGAGUGGGACACAUCUGCAAGGUCAGUGCAUUUAGAGGCUGGAGUGAAGAUUCAAAAUGCCAGUCCAGACAGAACAUCUAUCCCUCCAACAAGGCUCCAGAGACCACAGGGACCAUUGUCCAGAUAUACAGCUUUCAAAGGAAUUCACUUGUAGUGGCAGCUGUGGUGAGGGAAAGGCCUAUAGCAGUGGAGAUUUGGGGGAAAUGCUUUGGCGAUGAACUGCUACCGCUUGAAACUGUAAUCCAAAUCCACCUUAGACGAGAGCAUUUUGUUCUAACAGUGAAUGCAAAUUGAGCAUGAACUCAAAAUGCCUCAGAAAUAAUGCAAACAUGUACAGGGUGUCCCAAAAGUCUCCAUACAUGGGGGAGAUUUACACUUUUAGGCGAAAUGUCUUC